GAAGUAAAAGCCUUUGUUGUUCACAUGAACACCGUUUUCAGUCAGUAGCUAGCGACGCGAAAAUUAGCGAGUUAGCCAAACAGCUAAUCUGACAGAAAAUUGAGGAUUUAAACCGUCACCAUGUCUCGGGGAUCUAUUGAAAUCCCCCUGCGGGACACAGACGAGGUGAUUGAGCUGGACUUUGAUCAGCUUCCUGAAGGAGAUGAAGUGAUCAGUAUCCUGAAGCAGGAGCACACACAGCUGCACAUAUGGAUCGCACUUGCUUUGGAGUACUACAAACAGGGGAAGACGGAGGACUUUGUGAAGCUGCUGGAGGCGGCGCGUAUCGACGGAAACCUGGACUACCGAGACCACGAGAAGGACCAGAUGACGUGUCUGGACACACUCGCUGCUUAUUACGUCCAGCAGGCUCGCAAAGAGAAGAACAAGGAUGCCAAAAAGGACCUUAUUAAUCAGUCAACGCUCCUGUACACGAUGGCGGAUAAGAUCAUCAUGUACGAUCAGAACCACUUGUUGGGACGUGCCUGCUUUUGCCUGCUGGAAGGGGACAAGAUGGAUCAGGCAGACGCCCAGUUUCACUUCGUCCUGAACCAGUCCACUAAUAACAUCCCUGCGCUGCUGGGCAAGGCUUGUAUUUCUUUCAACAAAAAGGACUACAGAGGAGCUUUGGCUUACUACAAAAAAGCUCUGCGCACAAACCCCGGGUGUCCAGCUGAAGUGAGGCUUGGGAUGGGUCACUGCUUUGUGAAGCUGAACAAGCUGGAGAAAGCUCGUCUAGCCUUCAGCCGCGCCCUCGAGCUCAACCCGAAGUGCGUGGGAGCCCUGGUUGGACUCGCCGUCCUUGAACUCAACAACAAAGAGGCUGACUCCAUCAAGAACGGCGUGCAGCUGCUCUCCAGAGCUUACACCAUUGACCCGAGCAACCCCAUGGUGCUCAACCACCUGGCCAACCACUUCUUUUUCAAAAAGGAUUACAGUAAAGUCCAGCAUUUGGCCCUUCAUGCAUUCCACAACACCGAGGUCGAGGCCAUGCAGGCUGAGAGCUGCUAUCAGCUGGCUCGUUCCUUCCACGUUCAGGAGGAUUACGACCAGGCUUUUCAGUAUUACUACCAAGCUACUCAGUUCGCCUCGUCCACCUUCGUGUUGCCGUUCUUCGGCCUGGGACAGAUGUAUGUGUAUCGGCGAGACAAAGAAAACGCGGCACAGUGCUUCGAGAAGGUCUUGAAGGCGUACCCGAACAACUACGAAACCAUGAAAAUUCUCGGUUCGCUUUACGCAACGUCAGACGACCAGGAAAAAAGGGACAUCGCUAAAGGCCAUCUAAAGAAAGUUACUGAGCAGUAUCCUGAUGAUGUAGAAGCUUGGAUUGAACUUGCUCAGAUUCUGGAGCAGACAGACAUUCAGGGUGCUCUGUCUGCAUACGGCACAGCUACACGCAUUCUCCAGGAGAAGGUACAAGCUGACGUGCCUCCUGAGAUCCUGAACAAUCUGGGAGCCCUGCACUUCAGACUGGGGAACCUUGGAGAAGCAAAGAAAUACUUCCUGGCCUCUCUGGAGAGAGCCAAAGCAGAGGGUGAGCACGAUGAGCAUUACUACAACGCCAUCUCCGUUACCACCUCCUACAACCUGGCACGGCUCUAUGAGGCCAUGUGCGAGUUCCACGAGGCUGAGAAGCUCUACAAGAACAUCCUGAGAGAACAUCCAAACUAUGUCGACUGUUACUUGCGUCUCGGAGCAAUGGCCCGUGACAAAGGCAACUUCUACGAAGCCUCAGACUGGUUUAAAGAAGCUCUUCAGAUCAACCAGGAUCACCCAGACGCUUGGUCCCUGAUCGGAAAUCUGCACUUGGCCAAACAGGAGUGGGGUCCUGGUCAGAAGAAGUUUGAGCGUAUCCUGAAGCAGCCGUCUACUCAGAACGACACGUACUCCAUGCUGGCGCUGGGGAACGUAUGGCUGCAGACACUACACCAGCCUACGAGGGAUCGAGAAAAGGAAAAAAGGCACCAGGACAGAGCUUUGGCCAUUUAUAAACAGGUCCUGAGGAACGAUGCGAAGAACCUGUAUGCUGCCAAUGGUAUCGGCGCUGUUUUGGCCCACAAGGGCUACUUCCGUGAAGCACGUGACGUGUUUGCGCAGGUCCGGGAGGCUACGGCGGAUAUCAGCGACGUCUGGCUGAACCUGGCGCACAUUUACGUGGAGCAGAAGCAGUACAUCAGCGCCGUGCAGAUGUAUGAAAACUGCCUGAAGAAAUUCUACAAGUACCAGAACACCGAGGUGCUGCUGUACCUGGCUCGGGCGCUGUUUAAGUGCGGAAAGCUGCAGGAGUGCAAACAGAUGCUGCUGAGGGCCCGACAUGUGGCUCCCAGCGACACGGUGUUGAUGUUCAACGUGGCCUUGGUGCUGCAGCGACUCGCCACUCUGGUGCUGAAGGACGAGAAGAGCAACCUGAAGGCCGUGCUGAGCGCGGUGAAGGAGCUGGAGCUCGCUCACAGGUACUUCAGCUACCUCAGUAAAGCCGGAGACAAGAUGAGAUUCGACUUGGCACUGGCCGCCAGCGAAGCAAGGCAGUGCUCUGAUCUGCUGAGUCAGGCGCAGUACCACGUGGCCCGCGCCCGCAAACAGGACGAGGAGGAGAAGGAGCUGCGAGCCAAGCAGGACCAAGAGCGAGAGUUGCUGAGGCAGCAGCUGCUCCGCGAACAGGAGGAGAAAAGGAUCAAGGAGGCUGAGGAGCAGAAGAAGCUCCUGGAGCAGCGAGCGCAGUAUGUGGAGAAGACCAGGAACCUCCUGACCUUCACUGAUGAGAUGAAGGAAUCUGCGAAAGAGAAGAAGAAAUCAGGAGGCGGCGGACGGCGUAAGAAAGGAGCUGAAUACGACGACUUUGUCAACGACGACUCCGAUGAAGAGCUGCCCCUCAAGAAGAAGAAGAAGAAGAAGGGACCUCGCAGCGGGAGCGAACAAGAGGCAGAAGAUGAAGAGGGAGACAAGAAGCCACGCAAGAAAAGGAGGAGAUCAAUUAAAGGUGAUGACGGAAGUGACGAGGAUGAGGGCGGCUCAAGACCCAAAAAACCACGCAGACCUCGAGAGCGCAAGAAGAUUGAGAAGUCGAAACCUGAGCGUCUGCCGCCGUCUCUUAAAGGAAAAAUCAAAUCCAAGGCCAUCAUUUCCUCCUCCGAUUCCUCCUCUGAUGAGGACGGUCUGAAAAUAGCCGAGGACCGGAAUCGGGACAGCGGCUCAGGAUCCGAGGACGGCGGCCACCGUAGACGCAUCGCCUCCGACAGCGAAUCCGACGAAGAGCGGCGCCGUUCUGCCAACUCGGACGAGGACGAAUCCGGCAGCGAACGGGCGGUGAAGAAGACGAGGCCGCAGUCGGAUUCCGAGCAAUCGGACAACGAGAGCAAGAGGAGCCGCUCGGACGGUUCCGAGGACGAAUCACGGCCCGGUUCUCCAGCGCCAGCUUCAGAUCAGGGCUCUGAAAACGACGGAUCACCUCCGCGCUCGGAUAACGAAUCUGAGCCUGAGGGAUCAAACAACGAGGCCUCAAACCGAGGCUCUGAUGAUGACAGUGACUGAGUUUAGCACAUGCUACACGUGUGUCAUGAAUUAUUUUUCUUUUCCCCCCUUUCUCUUCUAUCCCGGGUUAGGGCAUGUCACAGUCGUAUCUCUUUUUUGAACACUUAUUUGUCGGUUGAGUAAAUUAUGCCUCUGUGACUUUUUUUUUUUUUUUCUGCAAGGGGAAGCAUCAUGUGAUUUUGUUUUCCAUAUUUCAAAGUAAAUAAAGAUGGAGCCUAAAUACUCGACAGAAAGGUGCAAGUUUGUACUGAAAUGAAUUGUUAGGAAUUCCAUGUUCUCAGCUAAAGAAUUAAAUCUCUCAUCAAAUUGAAAUUAAACUCAAGGCGAUAUUUUCCCAAUA